AUGACAGGAUCUCGCGAUUUAAACGCUCAAAUUGAAAGUUUAGUAAACCGUCUUCGUAGACGUCAAGUUAUAGGUUCUUUAUCUGCUUCACUUGAAACAGCAUUAUUACUUCGACAUAUCGUAUCUACUACUCGUUGGAAACAUAUCAAUGUACUUAUAAAUGUAAUUAAAGAUGUUGGAAGAAGAUUGGUAAUGGCUCAACCAAAAGAACUUGUGGUUGGUAAUAUAGUUCGUAGAGUUUUACGUUUAAUUCAUAGAUUUCAAGCAGGAUUGAAUUAUGCUUUUACAACUGCUUCUAUGAUUAAUUUGCUGGGUGAUGGAAUUCCAAUCAUUAUGACAAUAGGGAAAUCUAGAACAGUUGAAGUAUUUUUGAAAACAGCAGCUAAAAAAAGAAAAUUUUCUGUUAUUGUAGCAGAAACUUCGCCAACAUAUCUUGGACAUGAGAUGGCUUUAUCUUUAUCUCAAGCAGGCAUUGAUACUACAGUGAUUGCUGAUUCCGCGAUAUUUGCUGUCAUGUCAAGGGUGAAUAAAGUCAUAAUGGGAACUCAUGCAGUUCUUGCAAAUGGUGGAUUGAUUUCUGUGAGUGGAUCGCAAAUGGUUGCCACAGCAGCAAAACAUCAUUCAACUCCAGUUGUAGUGUGUACCGGUUUGUACAAAUUAUCGCCUUUGUAUCCGUAUGAUGAAGAUUCAUUUAAUGAUCUUGUGGCUCCGGAUCCAAUCUUGAGUUUUGAAGAAGGAGAUUUAAUUGAUAAAGCUACAUUUUUAAAUCCUUAUUAUGAUUAUGUUUCACCUGGACUUGUUAGUAUUUUCGUAACAAAUACUGGCGGACAUCCUCCAUCAUAUUUAUAUAGACUUAUAAAUGAAAAUUACGACCCAGAAGAUACUAUCAUAUAA